AGUACCAUGUCGACGAACGAGUUGUUUGAAAACAGUAUGGCUGCCUUUAUUUAUUUUCACGAAUUGAUGAAAAAUGUACAAUUUAUUUAGAUCUCUACUAAACUAAUGAUAAACGUGAAUAUGAAAGAGGUAUUAAUUAUAGGAGCUGUCUUUAUUUUGAAAGUCAGUGGACAGUGUACGUUUCCAUCUCCAUGGGUAAGUUCAACAUGGCUAGACAACACACGUGGUACACUCACAUUUGGCACAACGACUAUGACCGGCUGGAGUAUCACAGUAUACAAUCAGCAAAUCAACUCGUGGCAGUGUGUGGACAGUUCAAGUUCUACAACACUGGUUUUGAGAUCCACCCAGUCCGUAUCAUAUAGUUCAACGACGUUUUAUGCAUUUUUGUGUAUGGAACUUACACAGCUUUCUGCAAAUUCAUAUAGCUAUGUACAACAACAAGCCCAACAACAGAAUGCAGGCAACGAACGGCUGUGGUUCUCGCAGGACAGCACAUUAUCUACAGUUUCAACAAUAUGCAGUUCAUCCGCCAGUAUUCCGACCUUAGAAUUUCACGUUCUUGUUAAACAAGGAAUGGGUGACUCGGCAGCAAUAACUUUCCCCAACAAUUUGCUGUUUUCUGGGGACUAUAAAUACAUGGCUAGUGAUGGUACAGUCGCAUGUGACAACACCUCAGACACAGUGGACAUGUGUACAGACACCAAGGCAUUGUCCUUCAAUAACUAUACUAAUUGCCAGCAAGAAAUAGCAUAUUCUGCUGGUGGUGAACUAUGGUGUGUUGCUACGGCCUCUUUGAGUAGUUACGAUUGUGCAGUUGUCUUCAACCGAGACGCAACGAUUUCCGGCACAGCUUCACAGUUCGCAUGUUUGUGUUCGGACGGUAGUUCAGUAUCUGUAGUGUCAGGAAACUGUACUUCAGACCAGACACCAAGCAGUUAUCCCACAGCUGCUGAUGGCACGACGGUGAUAGGAUACCGGCUGACCAUUGAAUCCGUUUAUGGUAUGAAUUCUGAAUCGAAAAUAUGUUGUUCUACAGAAUUAAAUAUUCUCGCAUGAAGUCUAAUAUGCAAA